CAAAAGAAUUUUGCAACACCUAGAACUUUUUCGCUGCGAGUUUUUCGUGCAUAAAAAAGGUGUAAUUUGGCAAUUUACUAGCUUAAAUAGAGUGGAAAAUGAGUUCGGCUCGUUUCGCGCGUUCCGGGCGCGUCCGCAUCUGCAUUCUGAUGAGCAUGUUCAUCGUGCUCAUCAUGAUGAUAGUGAUCUACCAAAUGUCUCAGCACCAAUUGGACGAGAGCCGCGCCUUCCAAGAGGGCCUUAGUGUCCAGAUGCAAUCGCUAAAUGCCGAGAAAGAGACUGCCGAGAAGAGGAUGAGCCUACUGCGCACAGAGAAGAUGAGUCUUCAAGAAAAGUAUGAGAAUCAGCUGUCGGAAGCGGUGCAAAAGCAGCAGGAGACCGAGCGCGCCCUCCAGGAGAAGUUUGACGCUCAGGUAGAGAAGUACAAGCUGCUUGAGUUCAAGUUUUCCGACCUGGAAGCUGAGUGCCUUAAGAGCAAAAAGAAACAUAUCGAGGACACCAAUGCAUUUGACCAGAAGCUGCAGAAGGUCCUGGCCGAUGUGCACAAGGACAAGGCCAACAAGGAGCACGAGGUGGCUGCCUGGAAGGAAAAACUGGACAAACUUAAGCGCGAUGGGGAGCACAAGAUACACGCCCUGGAGGCUACACUCUCUGAAUUCAAGACCAACUGUAAUUAUGUGCCCAAAGUCCAGCCCGCCGAGGCUCCGGCCCAUGAGCACCAGCAGCAACUGAAUAAGCCCGCCGAGCAGAUGCCCACUACUCGCCACUCUAAUCCCGCUCAGCUGGCGCACAGUAUUGAAAAGCCGCGCAACGAGAAGUCCUUCGAUGCCCAAGUGCAAGUGAGUGAAGGCCUCUACAGGAUCGGCGGUGGGGUAAAUCUGCCAACAACUAACUCAAACCAAAACCUAACAAAAGCAUCUACUAACUCCUCAAUUAAGAGUAAUGGUGACGGAACCCAGGAGCAGCGACAGCAGCUGCCUCUUCUGCCCUUUGCCGUUCGCAACAACCACAGCCUCAUAUUAAAUUCUGUUGAAAACUUUCAGAUUGUGCCAAAAUCACUCAAUGAGAAGCAGCAGCAGGAAGAGCCGCAGUUGUCCGGUGGUCCAGUUUCCCCCCUGAGCGCUCCCCGCAAGAGCAGCACUCAGGCUUCGAAAAGCGGGGUGGACGCCAAGAAUGCCGGCGAAGCUCCAAACGCAUCCGUAGCCCCGAAGGUUAGUAGCAGUGGCCUUCCACCUUUGGCCGUACCGCCGGCCAAGCAGGAACGCAAACUUCCCGAAAACGUAGCUCCCAUUCCCGACAACUUUGAGGAUAAGGCGGACGCCAAGGGCGACGCAGUCGAUGUGGACACCGCCGCUGAGGAGAUGCCCAAGAACGAAAACAACAAUCGUUAUGCAAACGCCGUCAAUGACCUGGAAAACAACAAGAAUCUGGGAGUUGCGCCAAAACCCAACGAGGAUUCCGGUGCCCACGAGGUUAAGGACGCUUUGAAUGAACCCAGCUUUAAUUUACCAGCAGCUGGUGGCGGUCAGAACUUCUUUGAUGGCGAAUUGCCGGCUCCCGGUCCCGGACCUGUGCCCGAUGAGCCGGCUAAGCAGAUCGCCGACGCAGCCGGCGCUGCCGGAGGUGGUGAGGGAGACGAUGACGAUGAUGUGGGCGAUGUAGCCGUGAAGCAGCCGCAGCAUCUGCUUGAUACAGACAAUCUGAACAACGAAAUCGUAGCCGACCAGGGCAAAGAAUUUGCUGAAGGCAUUCACCUGGAAGAUGGCAUGGAUGAAGAUCAAGAUGAGGACGAUUACUCCAAUGUGGCGGCGCGCAAGAAGGGAGGCGAGGUUAUUAGACAUUAAGUAAACGAAUUUUCUAUGAAUAUUAAGCGGCGUGUGUGCAAAGGCUUUGAAAACCCUUUAUAUUAAAUCAGUGCUCACGCAUCCAUUUUAGGGAUCCAAAUUGGUCGAAGAUGAUACGGAAUUCAGCAAGCCAAUUAAUGAAUUUGUAUAAUAAUUGAAGAUUAUUAAUCUAAAUCUAUUCUGGGGUGAGCACGCCCUAAGCUACUUAGUUUAUAAGUAAAAUUCAACGUAAUAGCAAAUGACAAAAAAAUUAAAACUCGCAGGAUAUACAAUACUCUGAAAUGGAAAUGAGAUUGGAGGCAGACAGUUCAAUGUUUGACCGCAAAUCGAUUUAAAAGUAAGACUGGUCCGGGCAGCUUUACAUAAUAUUUGUCGCAAAGAUUAUUAUACCCGCUUCCGCUGCUAAGUCCACCACCAUAUCAUGAAAAAUGUCCCCUAUCUCAAAAAUACACUCUUGCGCUUUCCAUCUGCGUACAAUAUUUCCUUGUACUUGGUUCUCUGUGAUAAAAAUAACUCGCUCACUGUAUUUGGGCAAUGUUGCCUGUGUUUUUGUCGCUGCCUCAACAUUUCGCAUUUGCAUUCGAAUUCCGUCAACUCAUUUCGCUAGAGAUUAGGUAGCCACAUAAGAUAGGAAUGUACACACCGACACAUUCGCCUAGCAUUCGAAAACACACACAAACUUUAUUGGUAAUGAUAAUAAUAAACUUAAUGCAUAAAUGUUAA